UUCCAUAUCAUGAAGUGUUCAAAAAUCUAUUCCUUGAUUGGUAAGACUGAACACAUUGUUUUUGUCCUAUAUUCAUAGAGGAAAUCCACCAAAUUUGAGAGAGCAGAAGAAAAUUGUCCUUCUCGAUUUAUUUGACUUACCGGAAGUUUAUUUGCAGAACUAUGAGACUCCCUUCAGUAGAAUGUCAUUUUUGGUCUUCUCUCUCUUUUUAAAUGUGCAAUGGCUGGAGAUAUAGUCUAUGCUGAUAUUAAAAUUGAUAGGACUUUUUCUUUAGAAAAUUCAUCCUCACUUCAGAAAUCUGAUUCUCACCACCAUGGAAUUUUCCUGAAAGUUGGAUGUGCAAUGAUCAUCACCCUAUUUGUAACAGUAGUUGUGCUGAGCAUUUUGAUUAUCCAGUUGAAAUAUGCAAGACAUAAUGCAGUGGAAAAUGAAUCAAAAGAGAAAUUCUGUACUGGUGAAAAUAAAUCUGGAACAAUCACCUCAACAGUUUCUUUCAAUUUCUCCACUGUUCACAAAUCAUGCCCCUCUGAAGACUGGAAGCUACAUGGAGGGAAAUGUUACUGGAUUGCUGAAGAUAAGAAAUCUUGGGAUGAAAGCAAAAAUGACUGUGCCAUGAAAAAUUCACAUCUCCUGGUGAUUCAAGACUUCAUUGAUAUGAGUUUCCUGUGGCGGUACCUCAAUACCUCAGUGUUUUACUGGAUUGGCCUAUCUAUUACACCUGGAGGGCAGUCAUGGACAUGGGUAGACAACAAACCUUUUGACUCCCAUUUGUUUCCAAUAGAAGAAAAACGGAUAACCCGGAGCAUGAAAUGUGCCCAGGUGUCUCGUAGGAAGGUUACCAACCAAAACUGUGAGCAAAAUGACCAGUGGAUUUGUCAACUCUAAUCCGCACUGCAGAAAAUCAGUCUCCAUUUCUCUGACUAAAAGACACAUGACACCACAUGAAGUUUGAUGUCAGACCAUAUCAGAGUCCAGAGGGCUCUAUCUGUGUGCACACGCACACACACACACACAUUUGUUCAUUCGUGUGGGUAUAGUACUAUUUCUCAGAGAUGUAGGAAGGCUAAUAGAGGAAAUGAAAUGUCAUAGAAACUGAGUAGAUAGAAUGAAUA